UUUGGUUGUCUUUUUGAAAUUGCUGGUGACACCAACCAGAGGACUGACCUUAAUAGCUAAGCUAUUGUUGAUCUUACUUCUGCUGUUGUUUAAAACGUUUAAACGUUUUUGCUAAGCCAAAAUAGUCUUUUGUUUUACCUUCCAGGGAUUUUAUGAAGAACGAGUCACCUGAAAUGGAGUUGUAAAUUUCAUAAGUAAAAUAGCUGGACCUCAAAAUCCACCCGUGAUCUGUUCUUCUUCAAAGAAAACCUAGAGUGUUGUCUUCUCGAAAGUUUUAAUGAAUGCCAUGACUACAUAGAGUCCUCUCUUGAAUCAUAGCUGUGAUCAUUUUCUUACAAUAGGGUACGAGGAUAUAUUUUCAACACACUGUCUUAACAGGUUUUACUAGCAUAUGACCAUACACUGAACUUCAUCUUAUCCACCAUGUUGUGUAUAGAUCGGAAAACAUUGGAACUUUUGCCAACAUAGGAGCAUUUGUCACAGCAGGAAUACAAUCAUGAGGAACUUGUAUUGGAAACUAGACAGAUUCCAAAUUGCAAACUGUGAAAUAAAAACCAGUUGGAGGUAUUUGAAUUCUGGUAAAUUAUUCUUUACAAAGUUUUGAAGAAAAGUAAAGCAAGGCACAGCCAAUCGAAACAGUGAAAUAGCUUCACUUCUUACAGCUCAGUUUGUUGUCUUAAGCUGAUGUUUCACUGCUGAUGUUAACAUGGAACAGUAUACAGACAAUAAAACUUUGUGUUCAAAGAUUUGUGGACAAGACUGUCCCCAAAGACACAAUUUACAGAUGCAGAAAUUUUCAAACCUGAUGGAGAAGCCAACAUUUCCAAUUGAUAUUUAUGGCAGACCUAGUUUACCAAUCACUGGCCUUCCAUACACAGUUGAUAACACAGCAUUUUAUACCAAUAUGUAUUUGAAAGAAUUUGCCCAAAGAUCUUCCUUACAUUUGCCCCAUCUUGUUGAAAAAGCUUUCCAUUCAAAUUUGUACUCAAAAGAACUUGCCCAAAGACAUUCGUAUUUGUCUCAAAGAAUGUCCUCUGGCCUUGAGAAAACUGUGCAGAACAAUGACCUAUAUUCCAAAGAUCUUUCUAUGAGAUACUCUAAAUCUCAGCAUCACAAAUCUCGUUCCACAACAAGUAGCAAAAUGUCUCAAAGUGAUGCUUAUCCUAAAGAUUACUCUCAACGGCUUCCAACAUCCAGAAGUCAAGACAGCACCAACAAAAUCUACCAAAAUAGCAGUUACAAAGAAGAUGUGUCCAACAACUUGGAGCAACAGUCUUCAAUAUCUCCAGAAAAUACCAAAGAUUCAUCUCAGAUUAACUAUUCUAAAGAGACCAUACAAAGGUACACAUAUCCCAUAUUGAAGCAAAUUUCAUACAAAUCAUCCCAUCGCAGACAAAACAGGGACUAUUCCCAGAGUAUGAAGACCUCUAAAUUUUAUUCUAACACAGAAAGCACCAUUGACAAUAAACAUUACAACAAAGAUCUCUUACAUAAUAUUGUUAAAGACAGUAUUUCUAGUAACCGGUAUGACAGUAAAGAUUUGUCUACUAGCAAUCACCAUUAUACUUCCAAGUCUCAGAUAAGUCAAGCACAUCAAGCCAACGACAAAAAUAUUUACCCCAAAGACUACAGCAACCCACCAAUAUCUGUUCAUAGCAGCUUUGUACGGGACAAAAACUUACCCAGCUGGUAUCAUUUCAUGCCAAAUAAACACACUCAAACAUUUCAAUCCAGCAUUUACAAUAAACAAAUGGCCGACAGUUCUGAUUAUCAAAAUGCUCCAUUGGAUGUGUCAAAGAAAUCAAUGCUCAAUAAUGUUGGUUCCAAUGAUCUGUCAUCUGAAACAGUGUACCAUUCCACUCCUGUGGUGUCUUCUAUUUCUAAUGCAGUGGUUAAGGAUAAAGAACUCGAUCUGGUUAGCAAUAAGAAAGAGGAUUAUCCUGUGGGUUACCACCAAGAGCCUGUCGGUCCGGUGCUUAUAGAUUUGGAUAAGAAAUCAAUUGAUUUACUCAAAACUUCUACUGAGGGGGAGGAAUUUCUCCCAGAAUCUUUGAAUCCACCAAUGCAGUUGUCUCUGGAAAAUAAUUCCAACCAUGAUGAAAAACCAUCUCUCAGUACCAUGAACAGUUAUAAUGACUGUUCACUUGCAAAUUCUUCAUUCCUAGAAACUUCUGAUUUACAAGAUGAUUUUAAAAAAGACAAACCAUUUCAAUUGAGCCUCAAUGAUAAUUAUUCUCCCCACAUGUCAAAUAGUCAUGACUCUAACUUUGACUCCAAAUGCAAUGGUUCCGCAGCGAAAAGCUUCCAGUGUAAGAUCUGCCUGAAGCAGUUUGCUCAGCGCUAUUACUUACAAAUCCAUCACCGGAUACACACAGGAGAGAAGCCGUUCCACUGCGAUCUCUGUCCAAAACAAUUUGUACGGAAAGAUUCUCUACAAAUCCACAGACGCUCCCACACUGGUGAAAGACCAUUUCAGUGUGAUAUUUGUCUGAAACAUUUUGCACAAAAACAUUAUUUACUGAUCCAUGAAAAAACUCACAGCAAUGAAAAGCCAUUCAAAUGUGAUAUAUGCUUCAAACAUUUUGCUCAGAGACAUUACUUGCAGGUCCAUCAAAAGACACACACUGGCCAGAAACAUUAUGAAUGUGAUAUCUGUAAAGAACAGUUUACCCAUAAAGAUUACCUUCAAAUUCACAGGCGUAGUCACACAGGUGAGAAACCAUUUCAAUGUGACAUGUGUAUUCAGAAGUUUUCUCGUAAAGAUACGUUAGUUAUUCACAGACGUAUUCACACAGGUGAAAAGCCAUUCGAGUGUAAUUUUUGUCACAAGAUGUUUGCACAGAGAAGUAAAUUGCACAUCCAUAAACGAACACACAUUCGCAAGAAAUCGCAUCAGUGUAACGUGUGUCAGAAACAGUUUGCUCAGCGUUAUUAUCUGCACAUCCACAUGCAGUCACACUCAGACGAGAAACCAUUCAAAUGUAAUUAUUGCCAGAAGCCAUUUGCACAGAAAUAUUACCUUCAUAUUCAUCAACGGGUUCAUACUGGAGAGAAACCAUUCAGCUGUGAAGUCUGCCUGAAACGUUUCGCUCGUAGAGAUACUCUUCAGGUUCACAAGCGAACGCACACAGGUGAAAAACCAUUCCAAUGUGAGAUCUGUAACCAACUGUUUGCCCAGAAAGACAAACUUCAAAUUCACAAGCGUACACACUCGGGCGAAAAGCCAUUUUGUUGUGAUUAUUGUAACAGGCAAUUUUCACAGCGAAAUACAUUGCAGCUUCAUCUUCGAAUUCAUACUGGAGAAAAGCCUUUCAAAUGUGAAAUCUGCCAUAAGAACUUUGCUCAGCGGAAUUAUUUAGUGAUUCACAGGCGAACACAUACUGGAGAGAAACCAUUCCAUUGCGAAAAAUGUGGUCAGAAAUUUGCUCGCCAGGACACCCUGCAGAUACACUUGCGUACUCACAUGGGGAUACACCCUGUCCCCUGUGAAAUCUGUGGUAGGAAGUUUAUAAAUAUGGAGAAGCUGCAAAUUCAUAAAGAUUCAGUUCAUGAUAACGGCGGUAGUGACAAUGGUAAUGGGAAUGAGAACAAUAGUGAAACAAGGGAGAAAGAAUUGACCAUGUUAUGCGAUGUUUCUCCAAAGACUGAAGAAUAUGUCUUACAGGAAGGUGGAGAUAUUGUGUCAGCUGAGACGGCAGGGACAGAAGAAGAAGAAGCAGAGGAAGGAGACAAGGCUGAGAAACCUAUCCAUGAAUUUCCAUCAGUCACUAACUACCUGUGGCACACUAUUUAAUCGUGUAUCCCCCUCUUCACAAUCACAAACUUACCUGUGAUGCAGUAAUUAGCAUGUGUUGUGUCCUCUCUUCACAUUUUCUACUGCUACGAUUGUAGCCUCUGCUCUUCAGAGUUGACUGAUCUUGUGCUACCCCUACUCAGGCAAUUCUGACUUGUUUGUCUCCCCGUCCUUUGUCCCCUCCCCCUCCCACAUGGCAUCCCUCUGGAAUCCUCUCCAUGUCAAUGUUUUACCGACAACUGUCAUCUUGCAACUUUUCAAGAGCCACAUUAAGCACAUUUAUUUCACUGGUGUCAGUGAGCCUGUGAAGGCCUUGAACACAACCCUACCCGCUUCCUUCAGACCAAAUUCCCGCCCCUCCCCCAACUCUCUAACUCUCAUCACAGUUAUAAGGCUACUUGAAGCAUAGCCAUCUCACUGUGUCGCCAGCCAUAACUGUCUUCAAAUACGUUCUUGUUAUUGUUUUUGCUAACCAUCACUGAUAUAGGCUGGGUCAAAUCUAUGGUACACUGAUGUAUCUUAUAUAUAUAUGUAUAUAUUAUAUAUAUACACACACACACAUAAACUCAUACAUGUAUAUAUAGACAUGCAUAUAUUCGUACAUUUAUAAUUACAUACAUACACAUAUACACACAUAUAUGCAUGCACAAUAUAUACACAUAUUCAUGCACACAUAUGAACAUAAGUAAACAUAUAUACAUAUAUAGACAAAAACCUACACAUAUUCAUACAUAGGCAAACAUACAUGCAAAUACAAGCAUAUACAGGAUGCACAUAUACUAUACACACAUAUAAACACUGGCAAACAUGUGCAUAGAUACACAUAUACAGACUUGUUUCCUUUUUACAAUAGUGUAGAAAUGGCCUGGAAUUUGGCUACUAUUUCUAGCAGGUUGAGUCAGUGAGUAAAGGCUCCCUGUAAUGUCAAAUGUGGUUUUGAAACUGAGGGUAAACAUGGAAUCUCUGCAAUGCUGAACCAUCCACCUUCCUGUAGUUGUUAUUAUUGUUAUUGUUUAACUCUUCUAAUUGAGCAGACAUUCGAUAAAAGGCGUUCCAGCCAUAACCAUCCCUGUUAAUUUUUUUGUAUAUCAGGGAAAGUCCUAACACAUUCUUCCUUAUUUUAGAUGGUAGGGUGUAAUUUCAGAGAGAUUCGGCUGUCAUUUUUAGCAUUUCAGUUGACCACAUUCCCCCUGUUACCAUUAUGGUCAUAUAAGCACACUUCUUCCACCCCCUAUUUCCUUCAUAUUUCUGGGGAGUGACUGAACAUUUGUACCCUAAAUGUACCCUUCUACCAGAUAUACUGGGCUAACAAUAUUAAUGUGAGCUACUACUACUUUAGAUCUAACACAGUGUGUGUGUGUUUACACAUAUAUAUAUAUGGAAGUAUGUACUGAAGAACAUAUUUUAUAUAUAUAUAUAUGCUUGUGUAUGUGUGUAUAUGUAUAUACAGGGUGUCCCCAAAUGAAGGCAACCAGCUUUUUUCAGUUUUGUCAAAGUCAUUCUGGUGAUUUACUGUCUGAUCGAUGCCAAAUUUCUUUUCAUCAGUGCAGACCAGGCUGGGCAGCAUGCCUUCAGCAAUCUGACGCAGGAGAAGACGACUUCGUUCCAGUCUCAUGGCUUUAUAAACUUACAUGAGCUCAUGAUGGCAGAUCAUCUUGUGUAUAUAUAUAUAUAUAUAUAUAUAUAUAUAUAUAUAUAUGUCUGUAUGUAUAUGUAUAUAAAUGUGUAUAUGUAUGUGUGUGUAUAUAUAUAUAUAUAUAUAUAUACUACACUCUCUGAGUGGUUGGCGUUAGGAAGGGCAUCCAGCUGUAGAAACUCUGCCAAAUCAGACUGGAGCCUGGUGUUGCCAUCCGGUUUCACCAGUCCUCAGUCAAAUCGUCCAACCCAUGCUAGCAUGGAAAGCGGACGUUAAACGAUGAUGAUGAUGAUGAUGUAUAUGUAUGCUUAAAAAUAUAUAUGUAUGUAUGUGUAUAUAUAUGUAUAUAUAUAGAUGUGUGUGUGUGUGUGUAUAUAUACACGUGUCUUUAGGGUAAUGGAAGGGUCCUUAAACCUGUAUGCAGCCCUGUCCUUUAGAUGCUGCUGAUGUUGUUUAAUGGUCUGGCAAGGGCCAAUAAAGCAGAUCACCACUGUGUCUUCUCGAUAUAACAAUCAAAAGAGAAAGAGCUUGAAAAGAUGCCGCAAGGCAUCUUGCCCAAUUUCCCAACAUUUCUGCCAAUCCACCACCCUGGACUGCUAUUCUAAUUAGUGAUCUUAAAACAAUCCUCAGCAGGAGUUGAAUUCAGAUUGUAGUUGGAACAAAUCUUCCAAGGCAUUCCAUCCGAUGCUCAAAUGGAUAUAACAAUUCACUGACUUAUAUAUAUUGCAAGUGGAAGAUAAACUGAUAGGGCAUGGUUUUCAUUUUCUCAAUCACACUCUUCUCCCAUUUGUUAUGCAUCAUUACACCCUUUCGCUGUUCUUUAUUCUCCCAGACUGUCUUCUUCUCUCACUGUUUAUCACUUGUUGUGUUUGCAUUAUUAUAACCUUGGAAAUAAACAAAUGUCUUCUGUAAUAGACAAAAUUAAUUUUCAGGUGAUUAGUCUAGAGUAACGCAUGGAUGUAAAUAGAAAAGUUACGUGUAUAUUUUUCUUAUCAACUGAUAUAGUAUGAGUGUUUACUUUUUUAUUUAAAAAUAUGUGGAGUAUCCUGAAUGCUUUGGAAGGAGUUUUAGGAAAACUUAAUUAAUUAACAAAACUGAAGAAAUAAUAUAAGAGAGGAUAAAAUGGAGUUUUUAAAAUAUAGUUAUUCUGAUUUUUGUUGUUAAUUUAAUUAAUAUAGAUUGAUUGAUCCAGAUUAUAAUUAUUACCUGUAACAUCUGCUGAAUAAAAAAAAGAAAUAGCACAGAUUUACUCUUAUUGUGCAAAAUAUAAAAAUUAUAUGACUUAGUAAAAUCAUAUGUAUAUUAAAUUUUACAUGUUAUAGUAUGUGUUUGUGUGUAUAUGUGUUUGUGUGUGCAUCUUCUUUUUUUACAUCUUUCCUCCAUCCAUUUCCUCUUUUUUUUAUUCUCCCACACGGUUUUUUUCUCUCAGUUUCUCCUUUGCCUCUUUGUCUUUUAACCUAGCCUCACUCACUCCUUGCAGUAGAGGAGGGGGAGAAUUUAAAGGAAAGAAAGGAUUUGUAGCUAGUUUCCUUUUUAGUUAGUAGUAAAAAGCAAAGUGACAAAUGUGUAAGAUCCAACACAACAACUUAUAUAUAAACUCCCUUGACCUUCAUCAGUGAUCUAGUAAUACAUUAAGAGGUUAUGGGACUCUUGUUUUAUGCAUAUACAUUUGUAGCCAUGUUUGUAAACAUUUGUUUUGCAUUUAGUCUUUUAACAGAUGUAUAUAUGAGUCUAUGUAUGUGGCAUGUGUAUGGGUCUGUAUUUGGAUUUAUGUAUGCCGUGUAAUUUGUUGACCUCACACUUUGUUAGAUUUUUCUCACUUUCUCUCUUAUCAAUUCUCUCAAUUCCCCACCCCCAAUCCUUUGAAAGACUUCAUGCACAUCCAUUCUCUAAGACACUUCUUCUUUCAUUAUUAUCUCCUACUCGUUCUUCACCUUCGUGGCUGUACAUUAUAGACAUUGUCAAUUCAUUUCCGGUGACACACACACACACAUUUAUCUAGAGAUUAUCGUUAGUCUCUUUCUCUAAAGACUGGCUCUUUGGAUUCUCUUGUUUUGUAGUCGAGUCUCAUAGAGUUAAGACAAAACUGUUUUUAUUAUAUUUAAAACCAGAAUAUGAAAAAGUCACCGUAAAUAAGAGACGUCAACCAUCUCAGCUGGCCCAUAGAUACACAAGCUUAACCCUUUCGUUACCGUAUUUCUGUUGAGAUGCUCUGUGUUUCUUUCAAUUAAUUUUAAAUAUAACAAAGAAUUUAGUAAAAUAACUUAGUUAUCAUUCAGCUAGUGUUAGGAACAUAAAUUGUGACUAAGGUUUGGUGGAUGCGUCACCUCAUUUUCAUUCAAAACUUAUGAAAACAAGACAUUUGUACUCAGAGCCAGAGCCGGUUUCAGCCGGGUUAAAUACAUCUUUCUAUAAUGAUAUAGAAAUAGACACACAUACAUUACCAAUAGAUUUUAAUGUUUGUCUGUCUCUGUCUUUCUUUCUUUCUCUCUAUGUGUGUUUGAGUGUGUGUAAAUAUAUAUAUAUUGUGUAUUGUGUAUCAUUAUCUUUGUUGACAGACUUCUGAUCUGUCCCAGUGAGUUGGUUCCCUAUCAAAGGAUGAAAACGGAUCAUAGAUCUUUCACCAACAAAGAUAGUAAUAAAUUGCAUUGACUCUAUUAACUAGUAUUGAGUCCUUUUACUCAUUUUAUUGUCUCUAUUAUUCUAACAACCAAUCAUAUCUUAACACACACACACACACACACACAUUCAGAUUGUGUAUAUUGUUAUAAACUGUAAAUCUCCACACUCCUCAACCUACAAAUGUUAAUGUAGGUUUAGUUUGAAAGGCUUUUUUUUUGAACUCUAGUACUGCUGGUUCAAUCCUUACUGGCAGCAGCUGCUGUUACAGAUUUCAUCUCUCUGGUGUCUGUUAGUGAGAUGAAGCUGAGUUGUUGUAGAAACUUUCCCCUGAGUUAGUCCAUCACCCUGGCUAAACAAAAGCACAAGCAAACAGUUGGUAUCCCACCAUGGGACUGGCUUGUAAUGAUAUAACUAUAUAAACCGUUGUUUUUAGUCCUGCCUCAUCACAGAUCUUCACUGUAAAUGGAAUUAAUUUUUUUUUUUUAAAGAUUUUCUUAGCACUGCUGUGUUGUCUGAAGACUGAGUAUUUGGAUUCACUCAGUGUCAUUUAUCCUGGCAAUAACACCUGUUAAUUCUUUCUCCAUUUCCUUCCUUUUUUGAUGAGGUCUUCUCUUAACGACAGGUAGACCUCAAGGGAGGGAAAGGUAAGAAUAUGUAAAAUAAUUUUUUUAAAACAUUUAAUGUCAGAAUCUGUAAAAGUCUGAGGUGAAUAAAUAAAAGAGUGAGAAAAAGUAUCAACAGAACAUCAUCGCUAAAGAGAAUGAAUUUUAAAAAAAUCAAACUGGAAAAAAAAACCUAAAUAAAUGAAGAAUAAAAUAAAAUUUAAAAAUGAUUAAGACAACUAAAUCUAUAAACAUUGGAAGUAAAUGUAAAGAGAAACAGAAAACUGUUUGAUGUAAAACUUGUAUUGAUCUUCAACUGAUUGUUGCAAAUAAAUCUCUUGUUCAGCUCUUUGGUUUCAUUGUUACAGCUGGUCGUGUUUGCUGUCAAACUA